GAGCAAAAAUCUGGUGACUGCUGCUGGAGUAAAAAUGCUCGAAAUGUAGCUAGCUAACAAUAUCAGUCUGCAGCAAGUAAGUAGUGUUUAGUCACAGGAUUUUCUUAGUUGUUGCAAGACAUGUGACUCUUCGCAUAUAUUGUGCUCUUAAUGUUUUAAACCAAAGCAAAGUGCAGAUGUGAUUAGUUUCAGGAUGUUUAGGCUACUGCGUUAUUGCUUUAGCCAUUCACUUUAUGCAGCCAUGAGCAAACUGGAUGAUCUUCGUAAUGGAAUGAACAUGUGGUCGUCUAUUCGCUGCCUGGGCUAUCUGUCCACUGUUAUCCUAAUUAUUGCUGUAUCCCUGGGACUUUACGCACGAUGGAAGAUCACUGAAGAGCCCAUUCUACUGGUCCUGUUCAUGUUGGGACUCUUUAUUUUUGGCAUGUCCAGCAUCCUCUACUACUACUUUGCUAUGGAGCGGCUUAGUCUUGGCGUCUUCCAUCUGUGGUUGGGCUUCCUGCUGGGUUUGCUGUGUUUUAUCAGUAGCCCCUCUAUAGGUGCAGACUUAUUGGAACUGGUCAGUAGUUACAUGCUAAUUGCCAGUAUGGGAAUAAGAACACUUUGGGCUCUGGUGGCAAGAAUAUGUGGAUGCACCAGGCACCGGCCGGCCCUUCUGACCUCAGCUGAGACUUUGGAGCUUACAGGUUUCGCUGUGGCAAGUAUGACUCAGGUGGUUAAUGCCUCCGUUAGCCUCAUAGUGCUGGCAGCAGCUGUUGCCACGCUCAUUGUGGACUUGCGAAUGAAAAGUUCUAUGGCCUUUUUUAACCUGAUCUGUUUCUCCAUAGUCUCAGCACUCUGCUUUUUCAAGUCUCUUGGAGUUUUGAUAAACCCCUAUGCUCUGGCCUGUUUCCUUGGCCGCCUUGUCUGUGAACCCCUCUUAGAUUUAUAUUUUAGUGGCCUUUCAGUGACUGAGCGCUGGCUACCGUUUCUGAGAAGAGGAGGCUUGUGGAGGCGCCUGACACUCCUGCCCCUGGUCACGGUUGAAAUUACCUUCCUGAUCCUGGCUGCGUUCAAGAUGGGUGAUCUGGACCAGUGGUACUUUGUGAUUCCAGGCUGUUCAGUCUCCAGUGUUUUCUGGAUUAUCUGCCAUGUGGUGUUCUUGGUUACUCUCUGGGGUUUCCACAACAAGCUGAGUGAUUGUCAAAGAGUGUUUGUGGCCCAGAAAAUCGAGUCUGGUGCCCUGGACAGAGUGAUGGCCUCCAAAGGCAUGCGACACUUCUGCCUUGUCUCAAAGCGCUUGGUGCUCUUUAGCCUUGUGUCGACAGCUAUACUUGGGGCUCUUUCAUGGCAGCCAUCCAACAGCCUGUUCAUUGGUGUGUUUUUGCUUGUCCUGCCCCUCGAGUCUCUGGCUUAUGGACUUUUCAAUGAGCUGGGUAACUGCCUUGGAGGAACAUGUGUGGGCUAUGCAGUGAUCAUUCCUACCAACUUCUGCAGUGUGGAUGGACAGUUCACCCUGUUACCCCCGGAUCAGGUGCAGGAGCUGAACAUGCGGUGUACAGGCAUGCUAGGCAGUAUACAACGCUUCUUCUCUCAUCACAUGAUCGAGACCCAUGGCUGUGAUUACUCCAGCAGUGGUGUGACACGGAAUACGCUAAACUCUAAGCUCUGCUGUUUUCUGGAGGCACACACAGCUGAUGGGCCACGCUAUGAUACGUACAUACUGUUCUACAGUGGCCACACUCAUCGCACCGGAGAGUGGGCUCUAUCAGGUGGAGAUGUUCUUCCUCUGAAGGAAAUCAUUCAGUUCUGGAGGGAGAAGAACGGUAGCUGCUGCUCUCGUCUGAUCGUGGUGCUGGACACAGAGAGCUCGCUGCCAUGGGUAAAGGAGGUGCAGAAGGUGGAGGAGGUUUAUGUAGCAGUACAGGGGGCAACAUUGUCGACCUCCUCAGACGUGGAGCUCCAGAACUGGCCUCAACUUGGAGAUUUCACCUCUCAGUGGGUGGAGUUCAACUGCAACCCUGACAGUGGCCUGAGCUGGUCUGAGCGCGGUCGAACCAUCAUGGCUACUUACGGUGUUUCCAGAAACUGGGGUGACUACAAGCUGCACUUGCCUACAGGAAAUGAUGUGGCCAAGCACUGGAGGCAUUAUUUCCCACGCUGGACGUACCCUGUGGUGCAGCUAGCACACUGGAGCGUAUCUCCGAACCAGUUUUGGGUGUGCGGUGUCUGUCUGAGGUUUCUACGUAGGAUUAAACUCCGAUGGUUUCCACCGGCAGUGCUGGACACCGGACAGGGCUUCAAACUGGUCAGGUCUUAGAAGCAGAACAUGCAUGUGCAGUACUUGAAGUAAACAGAGGAAAAGCAUAUCAACUGUUAGUGUUUGAUGAAUGCCAAUUUAUCUUACGAUUAUUAGAAAGGACAGCUGUUCCAAUUGCUAUGAUCUAAUCCAGGAUGUUGAAGUGUGUGCGCACUUAAUUUCAAAUUGAAUGAAAUGAGUUGUAAUUUUCAGAAAUUCUUGCUUCUUGCAAACAGAAUCACCAGCAAUAAGGCCUGGUUUAUGCUUCAUUAAAAGUGCCUCUAAAAGCCACCUACAUCAGACUGUAGGGUUUGUUAGAACUGUAGGAGGUUUUUUGCUGUCCAUCGAGCAACAGUGUAGGUUUAUUUAUUUAUUAGGAUUUUAACGUCAUGUUUUACACUUUGGUUACAUUCAUGACAGGAACGGUAGUUACUCAUUACACAAGAUUCAUCAGUUCACAAGGUUUUAUCGAACACAGUCAUGGACAGCUUUGUAUCUCCAAUUCAGGAAACCGGAGCUCCCGGAGGAAACCCACGCAGACACGGGGAGAACAUGCAAACUCCACACAGAAAGGACCCGGACCGCCCCACCUGGGGCUCGAACCCAGGACCUUCUUCCUGUGAGGCGACAGUGCUACCCACCGUGCCACCCACAGUGUAGGUAGUUAAUGGACAGUGGUAAUAGGUAAAAUCAGGGAAAUACAAAUGGCAGUCUUCUCGGUGUUGGGUAAAAAAACUUUAAAAAUGUAGUUCUAAGACUGAUUUAAUUUAACACUGACUCCACAAGAAACAGUCUGACAGCACUUAUAAAAGAAGAUUUCCCUCCACUGGAAGUGGUUGUACCAGCUUAAGUAGUUUGCCUAUUAAUAGAGAUUUUGAUCUACUGUUUAUAUCACAGUUAUGAGUGAUGUGCUUUAAACUAUUCCAGACAACAGUGGUGCUAGCUUCAGUAGAGCAACACAGUCAAGCUGUCAGUCUCAUUUAUUCACUUAUUUUUACAGACUUUUACUGUCAAAUUGGGUGGCUAGGUGGUGUCUGUGUGUCUAUAAUCCAGAAAUGGCAUAAUUCUUGAGCAGUACUUUCCAUGUCAAUGAUCUGCUCCUGUUUUAUGGCUAAAUUUAUUAAUGUCAAAGUCUUAACAAAUUACCUACAUUAGCAAUGGGCAGAUUUAUUACUUUUAAUCAUAGUUUAGGUCUAAACCACUAAUUCUCAUCUUUUAAAGCAUGGCUGUUACUAGCUAGCUAACCUUAAUAAAUGGCAAGUAGAUGCUUAGGUGGCGCAGCCGAGAUUCUGAAGACCCCGGUUCGAAUCUCGGCUCUGCUACCGGUCAACAGGGCGGCAUCUAGCGGGCCACAUUGGCAGUGCCUCCAUCAAACUAAAAUUGCCCACUCUGUCUGCUGGGUGGGGAAAUGACCGGACUAAGUGGGUGGGGUCUUCAAACGCUGUGCAAGGACCCUGGUUAGCAGACUAAGGCGCCUGUGCAGAGAGUGGUUGAGCCUCAUGUGCAAAUCCACUAAGGCACGGGUGUAAAAGAAGGGGUCCACAAGGACUGCACACGCAUCGGAGGGCGCAAUCAGGGAUCCACAGCAGCAAGACAAAUUGACUAUGCUAAAUCGGGAGAAAAAGGGAGAAAAUGCAUAAAUAAAUAGAAGAAAAAUAAAUAAAUAAAAUAAAUGCAAGUAUUGAAGUAUGAUACCAUGCUAGAGAGGUUAGAAUCUCAGUGGUGAUAUCAGCCGGUCAGUUGUCUUCACAGACAUGAUUGGCUUUGUCCUAGAGGAAAGGGGUGGCCAAACAGCCUAGCAAUUGGAGGUGCACUUGUCAGUGCAUAAAACUGUGGCAAGUCAUGUAUGCAGACCAGAAUGAUCCACUGAAGCAGCCAUAAGAAAAAAAAAGUCAUAAGAAAAAAAAGAUAUAUUUUGGUCAGUGGGUGUAAAAAAAAAAAACCUUGGUGGCCCAGCUUAAAUUUACAACGGCAAAAAGAAAUCUCUGCUUUGUGUAAAACACAGUGAAAAGCAUAAACCAGACUUAACAGCAACUCUAACAGAUUGUGUAAUGCUUACAUGAUAUUUUCAGAUUUAUUGAAUGCCUUUGUGUAGCUCACAGCUAAUGCUGUCGUUUCAUUCUGAACCAUUUAAAACUCUUAUUAGGGCGAAUUGUUUUAUCUCAAUAGUUACUGUUUCAAAACACAAGGUCAGUACUUUCAUUGAGGUUACUGAGGUCACUCCAGAUCAGUCUGCAUCACCGUCACUACACACAUUAUCACAUGUUGCUUACAACUAUUCACUCGUCUUCCUAUUUACUCAUUCGGAUUGGCUGUAAAUAAUGUGAAAUUAUUUAUUUCAGGUUACAGGCCACAGGGGUCACAAAUUGGCUCAGGCUGUUUUUCUAAAAAUGUUUCUGUGUUUUUAUUGUUAAACUUUGGUAACAAUGUGGUUGUUCUACUAAUGGUGUUCUUUGUAAAUUUUGAUAUUUAUUCUUUACCUCAACAAGACAGCUUUAAGUCAUUUACUAACACUGUGUUUUGUAUUGCUGCAUGACCAAACCACGUUGAUGAUAAAAGGUUAGCGUUUAGAUUUUUCCCCAAUGGGUUCAAAACCCUACAUUUUUUGCACUGUAGAAUUUUGGACACAAAGGUUUUUUUUCUAUGUAAUUAUUUUGCUUAAGACUCUUAAGAAAACCCCCUAGUUUUUAACUAAACCGUCAUGUACACUUGUGUGUUUUUUUCAAGUGCCUUAUUGUGGCUUAGAUUUCACUGAGUCUAAGUCAUUAUUUAAUGAGUUUACUGUAAUUUUUAGACAUUAGAGUAACAAUUACACAUGAAGGAUUACCUCUGAGGUAUGUAAAGCAGUAUUCAUUUGGCACAUGUAAAUUUUUCUAAUUAGCAUGGAAGAUACUCUCACCGGCCACUUUAUUAGGAACACUCUUUUAUACCGAGUAGAGCCGGUUUGCUUUCGAAACAGCCUCAAUUCUGUGCCAUGUAUUUCGCAAGGUGUGCAAAACAUUCAGUGAAACAUUAACUUUAAGACUGUUGUUGACUUUACUGCAUAAUGUAAUUGCUUCAGUUUUGUCAGCUGCACUGGUGCUUCAAAUGAACCGUUCUACCACAUGCUUUUGGUGAUCUGAUGGGUUCAGAGCUGGUGAACAGAAAGGUGAAAGAAGUACACUAAAGUUAUUAUCGUAUUUAUGAAACCGGAGAUGACUUGUGCUAUGUGACAGGUUGCAUUAUCACGCUGAAAGUAGCCGUUAUAUGGAAUAAAAUAGUUUUUUGCACAUGAUCAGCAAUGAAACUCAACAUUCUCAUCAUGCUCAGUUGGUGUAAGAGGGCCUGUUGUUUGUCAGCCUCUGCAAGCAAUCAGAAUUUUGACUUUUGACACACUUUGACCUUGUCAGAAAUUAAUUUUAUUAGACCAAGUGAUGUUUUUCACAAUCUUUAACUGUGCGGUUUCUGUGAGCCUGUGCCCACUGUAGUCCAAGAUUUAUGUUUUUUGCUCUCAGGAGUCGAACUCAAUAUGGUCUUCCUCUGUUGUAGCCCAGUCACCUCAAGGUUUGAUGAGAUACUUUCCUGCUCUUCAAGGUUGUAAAAGUUAGUCUGGCCUUUGUCCUUUGACCUGUCUCACCAACAAGGCAUUUUCACUAGUCGAACUGCCAGCCUGUCUGGCACUAACUACCACGUCAUGGUCAAAGUUACUUGGACACAGUUAUCUCCGGUCUGACAUGUUGACAUUAUGUCUCUAUGAUGUUAUACAUUGUGCUGCUGACACAACUGGCUAAAUAACUACAUAAAUGAGCAGGUGUUCCUAAUAAAGUGACAACUGUGAAUGUUUGUGUACAUGCACUGAUUCAGGUUUAGUCAGAGAUGCUUUUCCUUUUUCAGAAAAUAAACUAACAUUAAGGAGUUA